AUGGAGGGCCUUGGCCGUUCGUGCCGGUGGCUGUGCCACGAGCUGUCGCCCCCGCGGCCGCGGCUGCUGCUCCUGGACUGUCGCAGCCGUGAGUUGUACGAGGCCUCGCGCAUUGGUGGGGCGCUGAGCGUGGCCCUGCCCCCGCUGCUGCUGCGCCGCCUGCGCCGGGGCAGCCUGGCGGUGCGCUCUCUGCUGCCUGGGCCACCACUGCAGCCGCCCCCGCCCGCCCCGGUGCUCCUGUACGACCAGGAGGGUGGGCGGCGGCGGCGCGGGGAGGCCGAGGCCGAGGCGGCCGAGGAGUGGGAGGCCGAGUCGGUUCUGGGCACCCUGCUCCGGAAGCUCCGGGAGGAAGGCUACCUAGCCUACUACCUGCAGGGUGGCUUCAGCCGCUUUCAGGCCGAGUGCCCCCACCUGUGUGAGACCAGCCUCCAGGGCCAUGGCGGCCCCAGGGCAGGCCAGGCACCCAGGCCAAUGCCCGUGGUGGGGCUGGGCGGCCUGUGCCUGAGCUCCGACUGCUCCGACGCCGAAUCUGAGCUGGAGCGCGACCCCACAAGCUUUGGCCUGGGCUCGGAGGGGGCCACGCCCCCCCCAGCGGGGCUGCUGCCUUCCUUUCCCGUCCAGAUCCUGCCCAACCUGUACCUGGGCAGCGCCAGGGACUCGGCCAACCUGGAGAGCCUGGCCGAGCUGGGGAUCCGCUAUAUCCUCAACGUCACCCCGAACCUCCCCAACCUCUUCGAAAAGAACGGCGCCUUCCACUACAAACAGAUCCCCAUCUCGGACCACUGGAGCCAGAACCUGUCCCAGUUCUUCCCAGAGGCCAUCGCGUUCAUCGACGAGGCCUUGUCCCAGAACUUCGGAGUGCUGGUGCACUGCCUGGCCGGGGUCAGCCGCUCUGUCACCGUCACCGUGGCCUACCUCAUGCAGAAACUCCACCUCUCCCUCAACGAUGCCUACGACCUGGUCAAGAGGAAGAAGGCCAACAUCUCCCCGAACUUCAACUUCAUGGGGCAGCUGCUGGACUUCGAGCGGAGCCUGAGGCUGGAGGAGAGGCGCCUGGGGGGGCGGGGCAGUGCAGGGCAGGGCUCCACCCCCUCCGAUGACCCGCCCUCCUUCUUCACCACCCCCACCAGCGACGGUGUCUUUGAGCUGGACCCCACCUAG